CGCGCGCGACGCCAGUCCGCGACCGACCGCCGCUGCGCACGCCCGCGCCGCCGAGUGACGUGCAGUGACCUGUGAAGUGUUUGAAGUGGAGACUCGGGCCGCCGGCGCCGCUGGGCCCCCGAUAGGCCCGAGCGGCGGUAUGGAGUCCCCGCAAAUGUACGACGCGGCCGCCGCGCCGGCGCCGCCGCCGCAACCAGACCUCAAAAAGGCUGUGGAAGAAAAACGAACAGCUUUCCCGCCGCCAGACCUAGACGAUCUAAAUGGACAGGAGAUCAGCCUGGAUUUGCAACACCUCAUCGAGGAUCAAUUCCGCGGCGAGGAGACCAUGGCGUUGUUCCAGGAGAUAUUGCCUGGGGGACGCUCGCCGCAGCCGCGGCAAAGCUUCGCUCGGACGACGUUGGCGUACAUGCCGCAACCGGUGCAUUCCGGAGCAUCGUACGCGCCGCCCGUGCAGCCAAAUUCGGGACACGAACAGGCUCCCCCGAUUAAAGAGGAGCCGCCGGAGCCGCACGACUUCAGACGAUCCGUCUCAUGUGCUCAGUACACUGGCCAAUACAACCCACAGCCACCCGUAGGGGUCAGUGGGCCCUACGGGGGUGGAUUUACCCCGCUGCCACCGCUAGGGGCACCUUUGCUGCCUCCGCUGCUGAAGCACAAGCCGGUUCCUCCCCGACGUUCCUCGGGGAAAGUGUUGGAUAAAGGCACGGAUGAGUACAGGAGGCGCCGGGAACGCAACAAUAUCGCAGUGCGGAAAUCGCGCGAGAAAGCCAAAGUGCGUUCUAGGGAGGUGGAGGAAAAAGUGAAAACGCUGCUCAGGGAGAAGGAUGCGCUGUUGAAGAGGCUAGAAGCUGUGUCAGGGGAGUUGAGCCUGCACAAACAGAUGUACGUGCAUCUGAUCAACCUGAACCACCCGGAGAUCACGGAGCUGUGUCGGUCGAUGCUGCAGCUGGGCGCGCCACAUGCGCCGGACCACACGCUCUGACCAGAGAUGGCGCCAAACGGAGUGACGGACGGCUCGGUGUGAUAUGUGCAUUAAGUGACGCCAGCUAGUUAGAAAAAUUACUUCUUUGUGAUUUUAACUUUUACAUUUUAUAUACACGGAUAGUUUAGUUUUAAGUGAUGAAGAUUAAACAUUGGCGUGGACGGCCUUUGUGCUACAAGCGGUAGCGGGCGCGGUAAGCUUAUGACUUAGAAUUUUAUUUACAACUUUGUCUACCUUCUCUUUAAUGCUAUCGUCUUUACAAAGUAAAAGUUACUUAAGAGGUGAUUUCUGUAUACGUUUUUUAUCUAUUACUCUACUUUGUAAGCUGGUGUAUACAUUUUAGAUUCCAAAUCUGCCCUCCCUUCUCUGUCAAAUCUAAUAUGUCUCUUUGCAAAACGAUUGAAAAUAGUCCCUGUAAGAUCCAUGAGAAAAAUAACCAAAUGCACUCUAUUACAAAAUCUAGUUAAAUACUUGCAAGUUUGACAUUGAUCUUGUAGUGAUUAUUCGCAACCAAAUUUUUAAUUAUAAAAAAUAAAAACGCCCCGCUACCGCUUGUGAAUGUGAGAACGUAUUCGUUCCAAGUCUCCCAAAUUACUAGGGCUGUCAAUUUAAGCACGAAAUAAAGGCAAUACGUCCACCGACAAUAUUUAAUCUACUAGAUUGUAACCUGUAAAUGAUAAUGCGGAUUUUGGCGCAAAGUAGCGAUCUCAUAUUAGCCGCCAUUAUCCGUAAUAGCUCACACGGUCACUGCCAUUGUUGUCUCGAAAAAGGCUCUUAAAAUUAGAGAAAUAAAGUCUUUAAUGUAAUGUAAAGGCUGCUGUAGUUAAUCACCUUUUUAAUCAUCAAAAAAUGACAAAACAUAGAUGUUGCUAGAGUCAAUCAUGGACCCAUCAAAUUCAUAAGACGACUGAUAUUUUUUCAUAGAAUUUGAAUUCACUUCGGGCGUAAGACUAAUGUAACAUAUAGUGUACGGUGUAAAUUGGUUGUAUAUAAUUUUGGAUCAGUAAUUAUUCGAAUGUAUUAGAUAUUAGUUCUUGUUAUAACUCCUUGAACUUAUUUCAAUAAUAGAGAGAGAUGUGAGAGAUCCACCAAUGUGUUUAAAUCGUGUAAAGCUUUCAAGCUGUUUUGUUAAGUUUUCUAGAAGUUCUAAAGCUUACAACUCUUUUUUUAAGUUUAAAUUAUUUUUCUGUCUUCCACUGUUAUUGUGUUGAGAGAUGCUUCUAUUUUUUUUUUGUUUUAUUAAUUUAAUGUAUGUAAAUAGAAAUUCUAUUUUUAAUUCUAACGCUAAGCGAUUUAGUAUAAUCUAUGGGUUAUUAUUGUUGAGUUCUAAAAUUUUUAUUCCUAAUGACGUACCUUUUAAAUU